UAGUUGCCCUGCUUCUUUCUCUUCAUGACAACUUCAAUUACAAACUAUGGAGACAUACGGAUCCAAUGGAAACUCACCAUCUCGAGACUCUUGGCGCUUCCAACCAAAGCCUAAAAUCGGAGUUGACGCAAAAGGACGAACUACUUCACCAUGCAAAAGGACGAUGUUCUCAAGCAAUAUGUAGAUCUUGCAGAGACAAUCAAAGAGGUCUCAAGCGAAAGAGACGCGCUUUGCCUCGCAAUUCAGAGACUUGAGGAUGAUUUUCACCUCAGAGAAAUAGAUUUUCGCAGAGAAACAGAGAGAAUUAACACCGAGCUUGAGGUUUCUAGGAAGAGAGUUGAGGAAUUAUUAGGUGAGAAAAGAGAGCAAUCAGAAAUUUGUUCGCACAAUUUGGAGAUCGUGCAAUCAGCGAAGCAUGGCUUACUGAGAUUGGUUAAGAAUUUCAAUUCACGUGUGUAUAUAACGGAAAACUCUGAUCAGUUAAAGUGCGAAAAAACAAAGCCAUUAAAUGAAGAGAAGGCUGUUUUUUCUGUGGAGCUGAAGAAGGUUCUAGAGCUGGUGAAUUUGGUAGAGGAAAAAUGGGGAGAGUAUGAGGAAAUGAGGAGAAAGGAGAGGAGAGAAUUAGAGAACAGUGUGGCGAGUUUAGCGGAGGAGAAUGGAGAUAUUAAUAGCUUGCUUAGAAUUGCUUUGGUGGAGAAGGAAGCAGCGGAGAAGAGUUUGAACAGAUUAAGGGGAAAUACUGAACAGAAGAGAGCUGCAAUUUUGCAGAUAGCAGAGAGAGGGUUGCAAAAGGUUGGGUUUGGGUUUAUGAUGGGAAGUGCAACCAGUGAAGCAUCUUCAGAUAAUUUGGAUUCUGAUACCAGCGUUAAGUCAGAUAACGAUGAAUGCCAAAUAGAAGCUGUUAGUCUGGCCUCAACUGUAGAAACAAUAACAAAGAAGUUAAGACUUGAAAUCACACAGUUGCAGAGGUCUUUGGAGGAAUCUAGGUAUUGUGCUGGCAAAAUGCAGUUUUUAUGUUUAUACUUUAUAUUUAGAUGUUAUCAUGCCCACCUUAAAAUUGUUAGGGAUAUAGUAGAUAUGCCCUAGGUCCAAUAUCAUAUUUGAUGAUUUGAACAUAAUUUUGUGAACGUUA